CGGCCGGCCGGAGGUUCCUGCGCCCAAAGCGGGGUGGCAGCUACGGAGUUCAGCCGAAGAGGCCGAAAUUCGGCGCCUGCCGCGGCCAUGCUCCGCCCACAGCUUCCUUUGGCCGGGGAGGCGCCGGGCUUGGUGACCUUUGAGGAUGUGGCUGUGUAUUUCUCCCGGGAGGAGUGGGGGCUCCUUAAUCUGACCCAGAGGAGCCUGUACCGUGAUGUGAUGCUAGAGAACUUUGCACUUAUUGGCUCGCUGGGAUUUGCACCUUCAAGGUCCCAUGUGGUUGCCCAGCUGGAGAGUGAAGAAGACCUCUGGAUGCCCAACAUGGUGGACUUGACACUGGGCAGCAGAGCAGAGGCCAGGAGGGGUCCUGGUCCUGGUUGUCCAUGUAGACUGGAGGAUGAGGAAGCCUCUCCAGAGCAGAUCAAGAGCUACAAAGUCUACCUAUCAGAGAAGCCCCUUCUGUGUGGGGAGUCUGGAAAGGACGUCCCUACCACCUUAGGCCUCCUCCAGCACCAGGCCACCCACAGCAAGGAGAAGCUACACAAGAGCACCAAGCCUGGGGAGGCCUUCCAACCCAGCUCCAAUUGCCAGCAGCAGCAGGGCCUCCACACCACACAGAAGGCCUUCAAGUGCAGUGACUGUGGGAAAGCCUUCCUGAAGGCUUUUGCACUCCUCGACCAUCUGAUAACUCACCCCAAAGAGAGACCCUUUAGAUGCCUGAAAGGUGGAAAUGCCCCCAAGGACAAAUCCACCCAUGUUAAUUACCAAAAAAUUCACACUGGAGAAACAUCCCAUGUGUGUAAUGAGUGUGGAAAGGUCUUCAGUUAUCCAUCUAAACUGAGGAAGCACCAGAAGGUUCACACAGGCAUAAAACCUUUCAAGUGUGAUGAGUGUGGCAAAACCUUCAACCGUAAAGAUGCACUUGUUCUGCACCAGAGAAUUCACACUGGAGAAAGGCCUUAUGAGUGCAGUGAAUGUGGGAAAGCCUUCAGUGUUCUGUCUACUCUCAUUCGGCACCGGAAAGUUCACAUUGGAGAAAGGCCCUAUGAGUGCAGGGAAUGUGGGAAGUUCUUUAAAUACAACCAUAGCUUCAUUCUUCACCAGAGAGUUCACACUGGAGAAAGGCCUUAUGAGUGCAAGCAAUGUGGGAAAACUUAUGUGACCCGCUCUGGCCUGUAUCAGCACUGGAAAGUUCACACUGGAGAACGGCCCUAUGAGUGCAGCCUGUGUGGGAAGACCUUUACCACCAGGUCCUACCGCAAUCGGCACCAGCAGUUCCACACUGAAGAGAGAUCCUAUGAAUGUACAGAAUGUGGGAAAGCCUUCAAACACAGUUCUACCCUCCUUCAGCACAAGAAAGUCCACACUGGAGAAAGGCCAUAAGAAGACGGGAUGUUGGAAAGCCUGUAGCCAGGGCUGGGCACCUUGUUCAACAUGAAAGCCCUCACUCCAGAAAGGAGAUUGAGGAGCGUAGCCAUUUGAGAGCUAAACCUAGCAUACCCCAAUAUGUGCCCUGGGGCGGCAGGCGUGUAGGAAGCUUUCAGGAGCUAGGUUGCACUCCAACCUGCCGAGGUUGUUGGCAGUGUUAAGUCACUGCUGGUUUCUGUGAUAGAAGCCAUCCUACUUCCUCCACCUGGCAGGUGCUCAAGAUGUGCAUCAUUCAUCUCAACGUGCUCUGGAACAGCAGACCUCCUUAGUCCCCACUCUGUACAGGAAAGAAUUAUGAGUGGUAAACCCAGAAUGGGCCUCAUUCCCCCCCUCCAACUGGUUUAGGUAUGUCUGUGACCAGGCUCUG